CGGGCUCAUUUCCGCGUCAGCCCGGCCUGCUCAUGGCCCCCACGGUGCCGCUGGCUGUCCUGGCGCUGGUGGCCCUGGUGGCCCCGGGGCUCGGCGUGGCCCCCCCCGGCUGUGAUUACCCUGCCCACCGCUGGUGCAGCUCGAGGGACACCGCCGCCGCCUGCCAGGUGCAGAGCCGCUGUCCCAGCCUCCCGCGCCCCGCGGCCGCGCCCGUGCAGCUGAGCCUCUACUACGAGAGCCUGUGCCCGGCGUGCCGCCAGUUCCUGGUCCUCAAGCUCUUCCCCACCUGGCUGCUGCUGCCCGAAGAGAUGCUGAACAUCACCCUGGUGCCCUACGGCAACGCCCAGGAGAGGAACGUCAGCGGCAAGUGGGACUUCAGGUGCCAGCACGGCCCCGAGGAAUGUUUGGGCAACAUGAUGGAGGCCUGCCUGAUGCACGAGGCCCAGAACUUCAGCACCUACUUCCCCGUCAUCUUCUGCCUGGAGUCGGGCAGCUCUGUCACCAAGAACCUGGAGGCUUGCCUGCAGAUCUACGCCCCAGAGCUGGACAGCGGCCGCGUCACCGCCUGCGUGCAGGGGGACACGGGCAUGGCCCUGAUGCACCACAACGCCCAAGUGACCGAUGCAUUGCAGCCCCCACACCAGUACGUGCCCUGGAUCACCGUCAAUGGGAAGCACACGGACGAGCUGCAGGCACAGGCAGAAGCCUCGCUGCUGGGGCUGGUCUGUCACCUCUACGAGGGGGAGAAGCCUGAGGUCUGUGGGGGCUCCAAGGCCCCGAAGCUCCCGUCUGGCUGCAGUCGCUGAGGGAUGUGUUUGGAGCACCGAGAGAGAUGCCAAUAAAAAGGAUAUUUUUGUUGAAAA